UAUGGCAUCUAUUACGGGCCCAACUGUGGUAGAAGUACAUGAUUUCAAUCCCCUUUGUUCAAAACCAAGAGCCUUAAUCAUCCAAAAACUUCCUUCUCCUGCCAAUUUAUUUUCUUCGACGACUAAGACAAGGAGAGUCGAGUUACAAAGGAAGAAGAAGAAGAAGAUGGCAACCGUAGCAGUAGUGAACCUUAAUGCAACAACCAAUGGUGCUCUUGCUCAUGUGGACAUGGUAACAUCCUCUCUUGCUCAUACCGCAGAGAAGCCUGCAGUGACUUUCGAACUCGUUGCCUUAGUCACUGUAAAGAAUAUUCACCAGAAGGUAAAUAUCAAUGUCGACACAAUGCUUCAUUGGUUCGGCGACAGAAGACAAGAUGAUUACAAGGGUGGGGUUCUUCUACAGCUUGUUAGUACUCAAACUGCCCCAAAGGGAGUGAAGCCGAAACUAAGCCAGGAAGCUGUAUUGGAUUGGACAAAGAAUCCGAAAAUGGGUGAUGAGAAGAACAGUUACCAAGUCAAGUUUGUGGUGGACUCAACAUUUGGGAUGCCAGGAGCCAUUACAGUGAGUAACAGAUAUGAUGAGGAGUUUUAUUUGGAUAGCAUUAACAUUGAAGGUCUUGUUCACUUUGCCUGCAACUCUUGGGUUCAACCAGAUCAGAAGUCUAAAGCUGCAAAAAGAAUCUUCUUCUCUACUAAGGCAUACUUACCCAAUGAGACACCAGCUGGGCUGAAAGAGCUAAGAGAAAUGGAGCUGAUUCAACUGAGGGGCGAUGGGACUGGGCUUAGAUUGCAAUCUGAUAGAAUAUACGACUACGACAGUUACAAUGACAUUGGAAAUCCAGAUAAGGGAAUUGAGUACAAGAGACCUACCCUUGGAGGCAAUGUUCACCCACACCCUAGACGCUGUCGAACUGGACGCCCUCCAACCAAGACAGAUGAGAAUAUGGAGUCACCGGUGAGCGAAUUCGAGACAAUCUAUGUGCCUAGAGAUGAAGAGUUUGAGCAGCCCAAACAAGAAGCUCUAAAUGUCGGAAAGUUGAAAGGAACUGUCCGCAAUAUAACUCAUGCACUUUCAACAAUUACUGCAGAUAGAAAUGUCAAGGGGUAUUCGAACAUCAAUGGUCUGUAUACAGAUUCUUCUUCUCUUCAAUCCAAGACCCAGCCGGGAACUCAAAUUUUGAACAAAGUCCACGAAUUCCUCAAAUUUGACCCCCCAAAAUUAAACUCAAGGGAGAUAUAUUGUCUGCCAGAUGACCAAUUUGGGCGCCAAACCAUUGCAGGCAUAAACCCUUUAAGCAUAGAAAGGCUCGAGGUUUUCCCACCUGUAAGCAAACUAGAUACCUCCAUUUAUGGUCCUCAAGAAUCAGCACUCAAGGAAGAGCAUAUAAUAGGCCAACUAAAUGGCAUGUCCAUACAACAGGCAUUGGAAGAAAACAAACUGUUCAUACUAGACUACCAUGACAUUUUUCUUCCAUUUCUCAACAAAAUAAACGCUCUAGAUGACCGGAAAGCUUAUGCAACACAAACAAUUUUUUUCCUGACAUCAUUAGGAACUUUGAAGCCCAUUGCUAUUGAGCUCAGUCUUUCAGAUUCAGCAUCCAAGCAGGUUCUCACUCCUCCAAUUGAUGCUACGACAAGUUGGCUUUGGCAGCUUGGCAAGGCUCAUGUAUGCUCCAAUGAUGCCGGUGUUCAUCAACUCGUUCAUCACUGGUUACGCACCCACGCCUGCGUAGAACCGAUUACAAUAGCAACUCAUAGACAACUGAGUGUUAUGCAUCCUAUCUACAAGCUUCUCAAACCUCACUUGCGCUACACCUUGAAGGUAAAUGCUAUGGCCCGUAAGGAUCUCAUCAACGCCGGAGGGACAGUCGAGUCCAAUUUUACUGCUGCCAAAUACUGCAUGGAGUUCAGUUGUGCUGCUUAUCGAGAUUGGUGGCGCUUUGACCUUGAAGGUCUUCCUGCAGAUCUCAUUAGAAGAGGAAUAGCUGUACCAGACACGAGUCAAGUGCAUGGGCUAAAACUACUCAUUCAAGACUACCCUUAUGCAACAGAUGGGCUCCUCAUAUGGUCAGCAAUUGAGACAUUGGUUCAAACCUAUGUUAAUUACUACUACCCUAAUGCAAGUUUGGUCACUUCAGAUACUGAACUCCAAUCCUGGUACAAUGAAUUUAUCAAUUUGGGACAUGCCGAUCUUCGCGACGCUAGCUGGUGGCCAAAACUCUCUACGCAGGAGGAUCUCAUCUCCAUUCUCACCACCAUCAUUUGGCUCACAUCAGCGCAACACGCUGCUCUAAACUUCGGGCAAUACCCUUAUGGUGGCCAUGUCCCAACCCGCCCACCACACAUGAGGAGACUAAUUCCAAAAAACAAUGACCCGGAGUAUGCUUCUUUCAUUAGGGAUCCUCAGCAGUACUUCAUAUCCUCAUUGCCGAGUUUAUUUGAAGCAACGAAGUACAUGGCUGUAAUUGAUAUAAUCUCGGCACAUUCACCGGAUGAAGAGUACAUUGGGGAGAGAAAAGACUUGUCAAACUGGUCAGCUGACACUGAGAUUAGUGAGGCAUUUUACGGAUUUUCAGUGGAGAUGAGGAGGAUUGAGAAAGAGAUUGAACGAAGAAACGGGGAUUCAAGUCUCCGGAAUAGAUGUGGGGCUGGGGUUUCACCAUACGAGCUUCUCAUGCCGAGUUCAGAACCUGGGGUUACUUGCAGAGGUGUUCCAAAUAGUAUAACAGUUUGAGGUUUUUUAAUAGUUGUUGUCCAAAGCAGUUGGAGGUUUGAACAUAAAAAGUGAAAGAAGCAUAGCAAUAAAAACUAAAUAAAUGAGAUUAUGAGUUUGAAACAGAGUUUGGUAAUGGUAAUGGGUAUA